GCUUCGCUAUUGUCCAAGUUGGAAAGAGCCAAGUUUAUUAUGAGGACGGUAUGCUCUAGAGACCUGGGGCGAGCUGCUCGACGGAGCCCUUUUUUCAUAAAGCUCGGCUCGGCGGCAAGCGGCGAGGCCACUCUGGCAAGGCGAGCCGAGCGGUGAGCAUCUCUCUCUCCUCUCUCUCUCUCCUCUCUCUCUCUCCCUCUCGGCCUGCCUCUGCAGACCCCCCCUCCAGGCCCCCCCAUCCCCUCCCUCCAGCAGCCCCGAUCCGAGGCUCUCCCGCUGCCCCCCGACGGCCGAGCCGCCGCGAGCCUUUUCAAUGUAUAAAAUGGAAUAUUCUUACCUCAAUUCCUCUGCCUACGAGUCCUGUAUGGCCGGCAUGGACACGUCCAGCCUGGCCUCGGCGUACGCCGACUUCAGCUCCUGCAGCCAGGCCGGCGGCUUCCAAUAUAACCCCAUCCGGACCACCUUCGGGGCCACGUCGGGGUGCCCGUCGCUCACGCCCGGCUCCUGCAGCCUGGGCACGCUGCGGGACCACCAGAGCAGUCCCUACGCCGCAGUGCCCUACAAACUCUUCACCGACCACGGCGGCCUGAACGAGAAGAGGAAGCAGAGGCGCAUCCGCACCACCUUCACCAGCGCGCAGCUCAAGGAACUGGAGCGCGUCUUCGCCGAGACCCACUACCCGGACAUCUACACCCGCGAGGAGCUGGCCCUCAAGAUCGACCUCACCGAGGCCCGCGUGCAGGUCUGGUUCCAGAACCGGCGGGCCAAAUUCCGCAAGCAGGAGCGGGCGGCGGCGGCGGCAGCGGCGGCGGCCAAGAACGGCCCGUCGGGCAAGAAAGGCGACCCGUCGCGGGACGACGAGAGCAAGGAGGCCAAGAGCACCGACCCGGACAGCACCGGCGGGCCCGGCCCCAACCCCGGCCCCAACCCGACGCCCGGCUGCGGUGGAGGGCCUAGCCCGGCGGGGGCGCAGGGCGGCGGCGGCGGGGCCGGGCCGGGGCCGGAGGCGGGCAAGGGGGUCCCCCCGGGCGGCUUGGCGGCGGCGCCCGGGCCGGGCUGGGCUCCCGGGCCGGGGCCCAUCACCUCCAUCCCGGAUUCCUUAGGCGGGCCCUUCGCCAGCGUGCUCUCGUCGCUGCAGAGACCCAACGGCACCAAAGGCACCUUGGUCAAGAGCGGCAUGUUUUGAACCCGGGGCCCGGGGCGCCCCAGCGCGGACUCGCCUGGCAACGCCCGGGCGCGGCGGCGGGCGGCUUUCUCUCGCUCGGCCUCCCCUGCUGCAGGGAGGCGCCCCGCUGCCCUCCGAAGG